GAGAUGGAGGUCGGGUACUCGGGGACGGUGUACAAGGACCAGACAUCUCUGACUCGCAGUGUCAGCACUCUCACAGGCCUGGUGAUGGUAUGCACGCUUUGUUCCCUGCUCAUGAGGACCCGUCGGGCCUGGCUCUUCAGCGCCCCCGUCCUGCCACUCCUGGCUCGCCUAGCUGGACUUCCUCUCCGAUCUCUACCUCUCCUCAACGCCGUCUCUACCGGCGCCACCCUGCUGGUCAUGUGUUACGUGGCGCUGUCUGGGUUCCGUCCUCUGUGCCGCCUCUUCACCAAGGCCUACCAGGACCUGACGCAGGAGAUGGAACUCUACAGGUUGGUGGCCCUCGGAAUGGCACUCUGGACACACCUGGCUGUCCCGGCCAUCUUCCUGGUCUUCUGGGUGGUGCUUUACCUCCUCCACAUCUACAGCGCGUUGUCCUCCAAGCCCGGCAUCCUAGAACAGCAGGGGGCGAUCUUCAUCCUCCUCAACAGUGUGUCGGAGUGUUGUGGGACGCCAUAUUGUCUCCUGGGACUCACCUCCACCGUGUCCUACCUGGCUCUGGGGAUGCUGAACCUCUGCAAGUUCUACCUGAUGGGAUACGCCGCCUUCCAGAACGGGAACGCCAUGCACAGGGGGGUCACAGAAGGGGUGACGCUGAUGCUCCUGUCUCUGCAGACGGGUCUCCUGGAGAUGCAGGUCCUACAGAGAACCUUCCUGCUCAGCAUCAUCUUAUUCAUUGUGAUCACCUCCACCCUGCAGUCCAUGAUUGAGAUCGCUGACCCCAUCGUGCUGGCCCUCGCCGCCACCGGUAACAGGAGUGUGUGGAAACACGAGCGGGGGCUCAGCCUGUGCCUCUUCCUUCUGGUCUUCCCCACCUUCAUGGCCUACAAGAUCGCCUUCUUCUUCCACAUGGAUUUCUGGCUCCUCAUCCUGGUGUCCAGCUGUCUGCUCACCUCCCUGCAGGUCUUAGGCACCCUCUUCAUCUACGCCCUCUUCAUGAUGGAGCUGUUCCUGGACAGCCGAGUGGAGCGGAUGGAUGAGAUCAUCUACGGAGUGAACGCCAUCAGCCGGGUGCUGGAGUUCCUGGUGGCGCUGUGCGUGGUGGCCUACGGCACCUGGGAGUCCAUAUUCGGGGAGUGGAGCUGGAUGGGCGUGUCGGUCAUCAUCGUCCAUUCCUACUUCAAUGUCUGGCUGAGGGCGCAGUCCGGCUGGAAGAGCUUCCUGCUCCGCAGAGAGGCCGCCAAGAAGAUCAGCCACCUGCCUAGGGCCACCGAGGAGGAGCUGAGGGCCCACAAUGAUGUCUGCUCCAUCUGCUUCCAGGAGAUGUCUAUCGCUGUCAUCACCAUCUGCGGUCAUUACUUUCAUGCAGACUGUCUGAAGAAAUGGCUGUAUGUGCAGGACACCUGUCCCCUGUGUCACCAGCUGGUAAGAGCUAUAGCUAAAGACGACAAGGAAGAAGAAUUUGAGGAGCCUGAUUUCGAUGAGAGGGGAGCUGGAGGACGAGGUGGAAUCCACAUGGGAGAGGGUGGGAUCGGAUUACAAGGGGAGCACUUGGAAGAACCCCAAGCAGCAAACUAUGGAGUGGAGAGGGGAACAUUUGUUGGAGAGAAUGGCCAUGGGAUAGAAGAAACUACUGGAAGAAGCCAUCUGGAAAUACAACAAGAAAAAGAGAAUGUUCCCUACAGAAAGGUGGAAGGGGUCCUUUUAGAGGAGAGGAAGGAUAUUCUUUACUGGUGGUUAGAGGAGGAUCAUUACAGGGAAGAGCAAGAAGAGGAGGUCCUCUGUAUGGAAAAACAAGAAGAUGAGGUCCUUUGUGUGGAGAAACAAGAAGAUGAGGUCCUCUGUGUGGAGAAACAAGAUGAGGUCCUCUGUGUGGAGAAACAAGAAGAUGAGGUCCUCUAUAGAGGUCAAGACAAAGAGGAGGCCUCAUGGAGUCAAGGUGAUGUCCUCCAUAGGGAAGAGCAGAAAAAAGGGCAUACCUGUAGGAAAGAGCAAAUAAAAGAGAACUUUCUAAGUAGCGAGAAAGAAAAGACCAUCUUCAGGGAGCACCAGGAGGUGGUCCUCUCUAGAAAAGCAGUACAGGUUCUUCUCAGGAAGGAAGGCGUUGUUGACUACAGAGAGGAGCAUAAAGAUGAGGUUCCCUGUAGAGAGGAGACAAAGGUCCUUUGCAAAGAAGACCAGGAUGUAGUCCCUUUUAGGAAGACAGGUCAGGUUGUUUACAGUGGUUUGGAAGGGGUCCCCUGCAGGCAGAUGCAGAAGGAAAAAGUUCCUGGUGGAAAGGAGGUGGAACCCUGUAGGAAUGCAGUCCAGGUUCUUUACAGGAAGUUGGAAGAGGUCCCAUGCAGGGAGAUGCAGAAGGAGGAAGUUCCUGGUGGAAAGGAGAAUGCCUUCUACAGUGAAGAAGAGGAGGUAGAGCCCUGUAGAAAAGAAGUCAAGGUGCUUCUCAGGGAUAAAGGAGUUGUUCACUACAGGGAGGAGCAGAAAGACGAGUUUCCUUGUAGAGAGGAGACAAAGGUUCUUUGCAAGGAAGACCGGGAAGGAGUCCCCUUAAGGAAGGCAGCUCAGGUCCUUUACAGUGAUUUGGAAGAUGUCCCCUGCAGGGAGAUGCAGAAGGAGGAAGUUCCUGGUGGAAAGAAGAAGGUUUUCUACAGUGAAGAAGAGGAGGUAGAGCCCUGUAGAAAAGAAGUCCAGGUCCUUCUCAGGGAUAAAGGAGUUGUUCACUACAGGGAGGAGCAGAAAGACGAGUUUCCUUGUAGAGAGGAGACAAAGGUUCUUUGCAAGGAAGACCGGGAAGGAGUCCCCUUAAGGAAGGCAGCUCAGGUCCUUAACAGUGAUUUGGAAGAUGUCCCCUGCAGGGAGAUGCAGAAGGAGGAAGUUUCUGGUGGAAAGAAGGUCUUCUACAGUGAAGGAGAGGAGGUGGAACCCUAUAGGAAUGCAGUCUAGGUUUUUUGCAGAAAGUUGGAGGAGGUCUCCUACAGGGAGGAAUUUUCAUGUAGAAAAGAUCAAGUCCUCUACAGGGAGAAGGGGAUGGUACCCUGUAGGAAGCCAGCACAAUUUCUUUACAGAGAGGUGGAUGAAGGAACAGGGGGAGACCCCUAUAAGGAGGAUCAGGAGGUGGUCCCUUUUAUGGAGGCAGUACAGGAUCUUUACAGGGAGGCAGGGGAUAUGGCAGAGUUGAACCCUUAUAGAAAAAGAGCAGAUUCUUUACGCGGAGGUGGAGGAAGUAGGGGAAAACAAGGCGCAAGUAGUAGUGCGAGAGAACGCCUACAGGGAGCAGAAAGAGGGAGGAGUCCUCUAUGGCGAAGGAACUUAAUUCUGGGUGGACAAAGCUACAGGUGAUUUUGUAAACUGAUGCCAAAAAGAAACUGGAGGAUCUACAAUGAAAAAACCAGACUGGUGGCCUAAGGAAAUGACCAGUACCCCUACCGGAUUCAGAAGUAAAAACCCCCGGUUUAGGAGCAAUGCUCUCAUAAUUGUGGAGGACCGCCCAGCUGAAGGACAAUAUGGCUUCUCGCUAAUAUCCUACACUGGCAGUUGAGGCUUCAAAAGACCUAAAAUAAGAGACUUACUAAUAAACCAGACAAAAGACUCCAGUGAUGAUAAAUAUCAGGGAUGUAUAGUUAUUUUGUUUUAUAGAAAUCCAGUAUUGACCCAAUGAUGUUUAACAGGAAAAUUAGCCAUGCUCCCAGCUGGACUGGGGCCUCCAAUCACCGGAGCACUGUGCCGUGGCCACCCUAGAGCCAAUUCAUUUAAAAAAUAAGAAAACUUUAAUGGAAUAGAGUUCCUAAUAACAUUCAUGAAAACAAAGAUCAGACAUUGCUUCUGAAAACAAAUGACUGGUAUAAAAUAUGACUGGCUUGUAUAAAAUUUAAGAUUUCAGAACUUUAAAACCGAACUCCUGGCAGAUAUUAAAAAUAAUCGAAAGCAAA